AUGGUUAACCUGCAAAGGCUGCUGUUUUCGGUGCUGGGUAGCAGUGCUUUACCGGGCGUGCUGGUUGACGACAGCUUGAAGAGCGAUGUGAUCGGGGGUCUCUACCAGCCGGCGAGCUGGAGCCCGCAGGCGAAAAUCGCUGUGUACGUGAUGCAUGCGGAGGUGAACUAUGCCAGCUUCUCGGCGUGUACAGCGCUGGCGGAACGAGGGUACACUGUCUUGUGUGCUAACAACGCGCUGGACAAAACCGGUUUCGGGGCCCCGCUGGGGUUUGAGGAGAUGAUGCUGAUGGUGGGCUCGGGGAUGCGGUACCUGCGCAGCCAGCCGGGGAUUGAGAAGGUCGUGCUGUUUGGGCACAGCGGCGGCGGGGCGAUGAUGGCCGAUUACCAGAACAUCGCCGAGAACGGGGCUGGCGCCUGUAACGGCACGGAGAAGAUCUACUACCGGUGUUCGUCCGCUAUGGACGGGCUGUUGCCCGCAGACGGGGUGAUGCUCAUCGACGCCAAUUACGGCCUCUCCACCAUGACGCUAAUGAGCCUCAACCCGGCCCUCGAGCGCUCCGAGAGCGGCCGCCUGGCUGUCAACCCGGCACUGGACCAGUUCAACCCGGCCAACGGCUUUCGCAACGGGUCCGCAGCUGAGUAUCCCGCCAGCUUCACCUCCUCCUUCUUCUCGGGCGUGUACGCCCUCAAUGAGGAGCUGAUCGCCACUGCGCAGGACCGCCUGGCGGCCAUCGAGGCCGGGGAGGCCCUGUUCGACGACGACGAGCCCUUUUACAUCCCUGACGGGACGUACAUCGGCCCCAACAACAAGCUUCUAGGGCAGGACCCGCGUCUGCUAGCGCACACUGAGCAUGUCUGGCCGCUGCUCACCCCGACAGGCAUCGUCGAGCAAGUUGUCCACUCGGUGCGCGUGCCGAGCAGUCGGUCCCCCAUCCACUCCAUGGCCCAUUCCUAUAUUCGUGGUGCUCUCAAAACCACCGUGCGCCGGUACCUAUCCACUUUUGCCAUCCGCGCCACGCCCGACUACGCCAUCACCGAGGAUGGGAUCGUGGGGGUCGAUUGGUUCUCCAGCCAUAUGGUGCCCGUCGCUGCCGUGCCGGGCAUCUCUGUGCCGCUGCUCACCAUGGGUAUGACGGGCCACUACGAAUAUCUCAACGCGGAGAAGAUCUACCUCGCUUCGGGGAGCAAUGAUACAGCUAUCGUCUUUGUCGAGGGCGCUGAACAUAACCUCGACACCUGCACUGCCUGCGAACAGUAUGCGGGCCAGUAUGGCGAUACCGCGGAGAGGGCAUACGGUUAUAUAGCGGAGUGGCUCGGCAAGGAGGGGCGGUUUAUGCAUGCUGGAGCAUAA